AUGACUCGGAGAGCGUGUGCAGACCGUUCCAGUGCCUGGCAGAUAUAUCAUCGACGCCGCAGCGGACAGCCGACAUCAUCUUCGCCUGCGCUGCCACUGCCAUCCACCACCACAGCCGGGGAAUUCAAGAUCUUCUCGGUCCUGUGCCUGUACGACUUCCACUCGGACGACCCCGACCAUCUCCCCUUCCGCAAGAGCGAGAUCCUCGAUGUCGUCAAGACAGAGGAGAGCGGCUGGUGGGCCGCCAUGCGCCCCGCCCACACCCAGGUCGGCUGGGUCCCCAGCGCGUUCGUGCGCCCGCUGACUGACGAGAUGGCCGAGCGACUGAGGGGACUCAGGGAAGAGCUCAGGAUCUACGACUACGAAGCCGAGCGCCUCUACAACGCCGCGCCCACCUCCAACUUUGCCCAAUUAUACCCCCCAGACGCGGACAGCCAGUCUGACGAGAACCCGCCAUCGAGAUCCUUUCCCCGACCGAGCUCAUCGGCAGCCGCUCGCACACCUUCAGCCCCCAGUCGCCCCUGCGCGCCCCGCCCGCGACCACCACCGACGCCGCCUACUUCACCGAUGCCGACUUGCACCCCUCCCCGGCCGACGCGCCCGCCCUCCGCCUGCGCCCCCCGCCCUCACCCGUCACGCCCAUGCCCCAGCCGCCCGCCGUCCCGCCCAAAACCGCGCCCGCGCCGACGUCCAAGAGGAAGGCUCGCUCCGCCGGGCGAGGGCGGGCGGCUGCUCCCCGACGACCGCAGCUCGCUCUCGCGCCUCUCGGUGCUCGUUGAGCGGAGCAACGUUGCGGAGCCGGACGACCUCAGCGCAGGCGAGGCGGAGGAGCUGUUGGGCGGGGCAAGACCGCAUAAGGGUCGCCCGGACAAGGUGAAACAGCUGACGGGCGACGAGGACGCGCAGAGGUACCACAAUGCGAAGGUCGCGGCGCUGCGGAUGCCGUGGUACCUAAAGCCGGAUUACAAGGAGGAGGAUGUGAAGCUGAAUGCGGACGGAAGCGUGCUCGCGGGGACUCUGGAGGCAUUGGUCGAAUGCCUCACCAUCGAGCCCAUAUCAAAAAACCAAGACAUGCUCUACCAGAACACCUUCCUCAUGACAUUCCGCACCUUCGCGAGUGCGGACCGCGUGUUCGACCUGCUCGUCGACCGCUACCAGAUGGACCGCUCCUUCGGGCUGACGGACGCGCAGUUCGCAGAGUGGAAGGAGAAGAAGCUGCGGCCGACGCAGAAGCGCGUGCUCGUGGUGCUCGGCCGCUGGCUCGAGGAGCACCGCAUGCCCGCGGACGACGCGCAUGUCGUGCCGCGCCUGCAGGAGUUCCUCUCGCUCAUCGUUGAGCCGCCCGCGCUCGCGACGACCGCGAAGCUCAUGAUCGCGUCGCUCGAGCGGCUGAAGCGGCCCGGCAGGUCCUCGCACCGGACGGAGCUGCUCAAGAUGGACCCGACGGAGGUCGCGCAGCAGCUGUGCGUGCUCGAGUACAACCUGUACAGCAAAAUCCGCCCGCAGGAGUGCCUCGACUGGACGAAGACACAGAUGGGGCGGACGGUGGAGAACCUGCAUGCGUUCUGCGCGACGUACGACAAGCUCGCGGCGUGGGUGAAGACGAGUAUACUGGACACGGACGUGCUGGGGAAGCGUGCGGAUACGGUCGAGUUUUGGAUUAGGGUGGCUGAGAAAUCACGCACGUUCAACAACCUAUCCUCAUUCAGUGCGCUCGUCGCCGCGCUCUCCAGCGCGGCCAUCUCGCGGCUGCACCUCACAAUGGCGCACGUCAGCCGGAGUUCGCACCUCGACGCGCUCACAAAGGUCAUCGAGCCGACGGGCAACUUCGCCGCGUACCGCGCAGUGCUGCAGACCGUCGACGGGCCGUGCGUGCCCUGGGUGGGCAUGUACCUCUCGGAUCUCGUGCACAUCGGCGACCAACACCCGGACACGCUCAAGGGCCCCGCGCUCGACCGCCCGCUCAUCAACUUUUACAAGCGCCAGAAGUGGGCCGACACGGUGAGCGCAAUGCUUAGGUUCCAAGGGCGGCCGUACCCGUUUGCGCCGGAUGCGGCGAUCCUCGGGUUCAUAGAGACGAAUUUGCAGAAGGCGGCGGGGAAGGACCAUAGUACGUUUUGGCUCAAGAGCCAGGAGGUGCAGCAGAGCGAGCUGGCCCAUGCGGAUAUACGCAAGGGGCUGGAGGCAGCUGGGUUCUGA